GUCAGACAAUUUUUCCAUCUUCAUAAAUAAAUUGCAAAAGUCUAUCUAGUCUAUGUUUCACGGCUGCUGACCGAUCAUGUUUUGAAGUGGGUAGAAGCUAAAUGUGUUACUUUUGUGAUGACUGUUCGAGUUAUUUGUAAGAAUGCCAAUCCAGGCGCCUCAAUGGACGGAUUAUUUGAACUGUCCAGUGUGCUGCCGCGAAUUCGGCGCUCCGCCCCGCAGCCCCAUUAGCCUCGGAUGUGGCCACACACUAUGCAGACAAUGCCUCAAACAUUUACACAGGAAACAAUGUCCGUUCGAUCAGGCAGCCAUUCAAGUGGAACUCGAAGAGCUGGUAGUAAACACGGCACUACUUCAGCUCGCAGGAUACACGCCGCCGGCGCAGCCGUACCACCCACCUUCCAUACAAGCGCUUCCCGACUCCGACAAACAGGCUUACGACAGCAUCGUCAAAUGUAUGGAACACCUCUCCGUUUACCUCAAGUACUGUGGCAAUGUGAACAACAGUGUGGCAGGCAGCCGGCUGUCGCGGCCGAUGCUUCGCAAGCUGGUGGUGCUGCUUCAGUGCGCCAUCACCGACGAAGAAGGGCGCGGGAGGGCGGCGAGAGCGGCGCGCUCCCUCGGCGAGAGGACCGUCACAGAACUCAUUCUGCAGCAUCAGAAUCCUCAGCAGCUGAGUGCGAACCUCUGGGCGGCGGUGAGGGCUCGUGGCUGCCAGUUCCUUGGACCCGCGAUGCAAGAAGAAGUUCUAAAGUUAGUGCUACUCGCACUAGAAGAUGGUUCUGCACUCUCUAGGAAGGUGUUAGUGAUGUUUGUAGUCCAAAGACUGGAGCCUCAUUUUCCGCAGGCUUCUAAAACUAGCAUAGGCCAUGUCGUCCAGCUCCUAUACAGAGCUUCUUGUUUUAAGGUAUCAAAACGCGAAUGCGACUCCUCUCUAAUGCAACUGAAAGAGGAGUUCCGAACAUACGAGACGUUGCGUCGGGAGCACGACGCUCAGAUAGUCCAGAUCGCUACGGAGGCAGGGCUGAGGAUAGCCCCGGAUCAAUGGAGCGCUUUACUGUAUGGGGAUACUGCGCAUAAGAGUCAUAUGCAAAGCAUUAUAGAUAAAUUGCAAACUCCUCAAUCGUUUGCGCAGUCAGUGCAAGAGUUGUUCAUCGCUCUGCAGAGGACGGGAGACCCCUCGCAGCUGAUCGUCAUGAGUCUACAUCUCGAUAGGCUAGCUAACAUCGAUGCUAGUCCCGAUGCCAAGAGUCCAACAUGGCAGCAGCUAUCAGAAAUCAUGACGUCUCUCAAGGAGGUGCUCGCAGGACUGGUCCAAUACCUGCAGCAGCAGGCCACGGGCAGGGACUCCAACCACAACCAGAAGCACUCCAUACCGGACCGGUGUCUGGAUAAUACUACCAGCCAAGUUUCGCCACAAACAGCGGCGUCGACCCCGACCCACACUAAGUACAAAGUGUCCAUGUGUCGAGACGCCGCAACAAGGUCCUUCUGUCCUCGGGGAGCUUCGUGCACCUUCGCGCAUUCCGAAGAGGAACUUGAAAGAUUCAGAAUGAACGGAAAUUAUUACGCGCCCUUGCACGGGAGUCAGCCGAUGAACCCGAACUCUUCGGUGCCGAUGCACGGCAACCCGCCGGGGCCCAUGCUGGCCAACCCCCCGGGGGGCCCGGGUGCGACGGGGCCGAUGCCGAUGCCGGGGCAGCCGCCGAUGCCAGGGCAGCCGCCGAUGCCAGGGCAGCCGCCGAUGCAGAUACCGGUGCAAAAUGUGCCAGCUUAUCCCUACGCUAUUCCCCACGAAGGAUUUCCAUUCAAUGUGCCGCCGCCGAUAACCAAUGUUAAUAUAAACAUACCAGCAGAAAUGUCGGACCAUAUGAAUGGACACCACGGCUAUCCGACCCAUCCAAUUAGGAUUAGUCGUGAGAUUGUAAUACCGUCUACUGGAGAGCGGUAUUUCUGCCGGUACACACAGCGGAUGCCCGAUGUAGUACCAUAUCGUAGUUACGUACAAAACAACAGGCCGGUGUACACCAACCAAGAACCGCCGCUGCCACCGACUCCUACGGAGGACUUGUAUAAUCCUAUCAUCGCAGCAGAGUUACUGCCAGAGUACAGAGUCAACGCUAAUCCCUAUGGGCCGAGACCAGAUGCCGUGUGGGCACCAAACCCAGACGACAUGUUCUCUUUUAGCGACAUGCGAAACUCAUUGCCGCCGCCGCAAACUUUACCGGAGACGUUCUCCGGUCAUCAAGGAGUUAUCCUUCCGAUACGCUCCCGUCGUUCCUCUCCCGUCGACGGCUUGGGGCCCCUCACGGUCGGGGGCCCAGUGAUAGUGCCGGGGCAGGCCCCCAACCCAGAGCCGUAUCAGGCUCCCACUGUGGCCGCCACCGUGACUGGCAAUGGGCCCGUCCCUUCUCCAAACCCAGUUGGGCGAUUGGUGCUUGGUACUGAUCUGUGCGCAAGAGAGAGGGCCCCUCAACCACUCCCAAACCUCUCCCAGGAUGGAUAUACGGGCAUUGAUGAUCAAGAGUUGGAAGAGGGGUUACAGGCGCUGGAGCGUCGCAUAGUGACCGAGUUCAGGAACGCUGACUAAGAAGACAUCUCUUCAAGUAACUGGUUUUUACAGUGUUUAAAACAACGGGGAAACAUCCAUAUUAAUGUCAUCGUUUUAAUACUUUUUUGUAGAACAUGCUAAAUUUGUUUAAAGGUAACCACACAUAUAUGGCCGAGCGCAGCGAAUCUUGAAUUAUAUUUUGUCAGUGACAAAUGUCAUUCGAAGCGCUUCGCCAAAGGAGAUGUUUCAAAAUGGGGUUAAAUAUCUAAAACCGUUUUAAUUUGGCUUUGUUUGGCUGUAAACACAAAAUUAUACACUUGAAAUUACAAUACACAAGAAAAACGAUGAUUGAUAAAUGUCAUUUGAUAUAUUUAUUUGUCUCACUUGUCAAAGCGAUAGCUUGCGUAAUUUUUUUGAAUUGUCCAAAUUUGUGUUGUUUUAGCAAUUUAUCUGUACUUUUCCCAAAUUCCUUAGGUUUUUCUGGAUUUUUCGAGGUACCGUACAUAUAUUGGUCCGGAUUUGAAACAUCUCUUGUGCAACGGUUUCAGAUAUAUUUUUACAACAUAGGUAUUUUUUCGUUUACAUUGUUCCGAAAUAUUCAACAAACAUUUGGUUAAACAUUUUUUUUUACUAUUUCUAGUCAGUGUCAAGUUCCAAUUUAUUGUAUAUGAAACGAACAUUUUUCUAUGAAUUUUUACGUAUCCAAAGCAGUAGUUUCAGUGAAAUAAAACCGGAGGUAAGUUUUAUAUUCUUACUUUUCAACGGUCUAUGAAUAACGUAGCUGGUCUAUGUAUAUUUUGGAUGGCUGUCUUCAGUUUCUUAUUUUUUAGGCCUAGCUCCAAAGUCACAUUUUUAAAACUGUAGAAACCAGGUAACGUAAUGUAUGGAAAUGUAUAAGACAGGCCACACCGCAUGCGUAACGUAGACGUGCGCGUCGAUAUGCAAGCGGUGUGGCCUGUCUCAUACAUUUCUAUACAUUACAACUCAGUGGUACGUGCACGUCUACGCUUAAGCAUCCGGUCUGCUAGACCCUUAACUAAAGACGCUUAGAAGUAAUGAUUAUUUUUAAUCAAUCACCCGCUGGGCGUCGCCGAUGGUUUUCAAAUAGAAAGUUCAGUCAAUCAGUUUCACCACUAAUUCUAUGUUUGAUUAGUAAUGUAUGUCCUUGUAAUUAACUGAUUAUACAUUACUGCAUGAUGAUAAUAGAACUGUUGUAACUUGAAAAUAAUUUGUAAAUAUAGUUGCUAAUUAACAUAGCGUAGUGGUGAAACACAAGCGAUCAGAAAAUAUAUUUUUACAUACAUUUGUUAACUGUUUCCGAGCAGUUAGUAUGAUCUUUGUUUAAUGGUGGUGGGUUUUGUAUUUUUAUACGGUCUAUUCAUGAUUCUUUUUUCACAUCAAGUGAUCUAGCUGAUUUAGCAGUACAUACUAAAUCUAUGGAAUACUCUAUGCGUAUCAUGUCUACUUUGACACGUGGUUUAUAUGUAUUUCUUUAUCAUGGCAUUCUUUUUUGUAUCUGAUUUAUACCUUCGUUUAAUUAAUUAAGAUUUGCGGUACAACCUCCAUAGCCGGGCUUCCCCUCGGGCGCAUGUUUGUUCUGUAGUUGUUUUUCCCAGAUGACUUCAAGUCUUCGCUAUCUAUACCGACCUUCACCCAAGGGCAGUCACCGGCCCUUCGCGAUAUUUCUAUUUCGUUCUAAAGAAUAAUUAAACAACAGAACUGACUGACUGACAAUACAGAGUCAAGUGACUUUGAAACCAAUUUAAUAGAUUUCAUUAAAAGCGCUAGCAACUCCGAUAGUAUUUGAAGUUUUUGGAUAUUUGACAAUUUUGCGGGUCGAUUCGCAGUGGUUUUUGCCUAGGAUUGAUAUUUAUUGAUUACGUUUAUACAUAGCUAUAGUUGACUUCGUAUUGAAGUUGUUGUACAUUAGGUAUUUAUGUUGUUAAAUUAGAGCAGUCACUGUGACCGCCUAGGAUGUAAAAAUUAAUAAGUAUUUUUAUAUGUUGUCGAGUUUAUAUUAGACCCAACACAAAGAUCGUUUACAAGUUUGUAGCCUAGUUUGUCCUCCAUUGAAAUAUUUUCUUGAAGACUAAAAUACACUGCGGUCGUAACCUUAUGUUAGAGAGUUAGCUUACUAUUGUACGGAUUAGUUCAGAUGAAUAUAUAAGUAUAAUAUUUAAGCUAAAAACGGAUGUUGAUAUUUUUCCUCCGUGUUUGUUAGAACUCGCGUGAAACUGCUGAGCAAAGUAGCAUGACAUUUCGGCCGUUGCUUAAAAUUUCGGUUAGCGCGAGUGUAACUGGUAAAUUGUAAAUCCUUAAUAAAAACUGCCCUGUAAAGUAAUUACCAAUCAUUGUGUAAAUAAUACCUAAGAAGCGCGUGUGUACGCGGCCUAAAAUUAUUAGACGCAUACAAAUUUGGACCUGUUUUGUAAAGUUCAUAUAUAUUUUUUUGAGUUAGCAAAAAAACCAAUGACGAAAAUUCAAAUGGACGUAGAAAAUAGCAUGUUUGCUUUAGUAUUGCUGGACAAUUUUAAAGCAAAAAAUAUCUGAAGAAGGUUACAAUCCCUAGAAAAAUCGUUUGGCGUUUAUAAGGACUGGUCGUCCCACGGUGUGAGUUAAGCCUUUAUUGAGGUUGAGACGUCUAUUGACGUCGUGGCUAUAAAUGACAAGCUGUCAUUGUGACAGCUGUCAUCGUGACAGCUCGGCCCUUUUGUGACAACGCUCCGUUUUGUUUGCAAAACGAUCGUCAGUUGAAUACCUUAUUUUUGAUGUGGUUAGGUCUAUUUAGAGCUGAUUAGUACAUAAUCGUUAGGGCUUUCUUCCUACCGUCUUCCCACAUCUUCCCGUAGCCUCAGUAGCAUCCCGUCUCUCCACACCUCGAUGUAAUCAUCAAAGUAUAAUAGUUUAACGUGGUUAUUAGUUAGAUGAUUUAGUGAUAAAAUGUUAUGUUGUUUUUCUACGAUUAUUUUUAUUCAUCUUUGCUAGUGUUACUGCUUUGUUGAUUUUCAUACCAGGUCACUUAGGCCCCAGUGGGCACUGUGACCCAAAAUCCCCUCCAAUUUAAAGUUAUAGGUUUUUUACAUCAUUUGUUGAAUUAUAAAUCUUUGAUCAAUGUUAACCCACUUUAUAUCUUUCUCUGUUGAGAACUAUGAGUUGAAAUUUUAUUAUGAAAUUCAUACCCAUAUUUAUUUCGUAUGAAUUAAAAAAAAACUACAGCCAAUGUAAAUAUUACAACCAUUUCCCAAAAGGACACGCCACUGAAAACGUCAAGUAUUGUGACUUAAAAUUUUUAAUAGCAAUUACUUAUAGCCCUUAAUUAUAAUCAGAAAACGUGAUAUAUGUAUUAGCUAUAAAUAAAACAAAUUAGAAUAAUGUAUUAUUGUUCAUUGGUCCGUAUUAUUCGCGUAUUCCGUUCGUAAGUGAUCUGUAUCCGAGGGCCGUGAACAAUUUCGUACGGUUAUACAUAUUGGGCCCAAGUUUAGCGACAACGAACUUCAGUUUUGUUAAAACGACUGUUUACUAUGAAUUAUUAUGUUCAAGUUUUGAACUAAAGAGUAGUGUUAAGAAAUACGGAUGUUUUUGUUGUCGGUGAGCCUGGGCCUCACACGAGUGAUCUUUCACUAGAGGUAGACAAAGGUUUAGCGUUAGUCGAAUCUGUCAUAAUCAUGAUCCAACGCGAUUAUACACCUUGCGUAAUUGUGAUCACUAUAUUGUAUAAACAUAUGCAUGUAUUUAUUAAAAUGUCGCAGGAGGACAGAUAAUGCCCCAAUCUCUUUACUACUAGAACUAUCUUGUAGAACCUGAUCUUCUGGAUGCUAGCUGCGCAUUCCAGUUCUUUUUCAAGUAAAACCCUUUUCAAAGUACAUGAAGUCGUAACAAUAAUUGUACCAUUCGAUUGAUGGCAUGGACGAAAUAGUUGUUUGACUUCCUUACCUAGAAAUAUUAGCGUUGAUAGUGACUUUUCCUUUGAUUAAAAUACAUACCAAUGGUUUUGUAACUGAGCCCCUUCGGAUAACUGUACUCAGCCGAUAUCUCUCUUACUGCGACAUAUAACUUUGAUCCAUUACUUUUGUUAUAUUUAUCGUCCUUAUGCACAUGGUGUUACAAAAGUACUCUCUGAUUUCACUGAGCAAGGGCUUGUACAUUGGCCGGUCCAUAUAACCACGGUCUUGGUGUUACAGGUACUUUUGUAACACCCUGUAGAUCUAGGCAAUGGAAUAAUUGUCAGCUGCCGUGAUCACUCUGUGUAACGCAGUUGGGCUUUUGUCAACUUGUAACCAACUAGCAAAGUUCGCUUCAUUUAACUAAUUAUUCUAGUUUUAAAUAAACAGUACCUUUUGAUAUCUAAGGCUGGUGAUCUAUUUAUACUUUAGAAGAAAAAGUUUAAACAAAAUAUGUAAGGCUGUAAUAUAGAUAUAGCUGAAAAAUACAACGCCCAAUCUUAGCGUUUAUUUUGUUUUUUUUUUCUUUGUAAUUUAUGAACGUGUGACAGGCGCAGUUGUAGAUGGAAAACUAUGGACUCUGCAUCAUUUCAUAGCUUUCCUGUACACAACUGUGCCUGAAUGUAAACACUAAUAAGUCCUAGUGAUUCCGUUGUGGUUCGCUAAUUAGUUACAAUUAAACUUAGUGCAAUGAUGAACUUGCGUGCAAUACGUGUCAGUGAUGCGGGACGACCAAUCGCGAUGUACUGAUUGACGAGCAUUCAUACCUAGGAAUGAGUGCACGUCUCGGAUCUAUUGAGUCCUCUCGCAACACGCAUGCAGCAAAGGAGAUCUAACGAUAGCAAUAACACGAUCUCUUUGCAUUUACUUUAUAUGAUUUAUAAACAUUACAAAACUUCGGUUCACUUGUAACUAAUGUUUGUACAUUAUUGUAUUUUUUUCCUAGGAAAAGUCAUUAUUUAUAAAUAAAUAGUCUGUUUAAAGACUUUUAAUAGGACUUGCGCACACAGUGCGGUUUAGUGUAAUUUUUUUUGUAAAGUUUUUAGUUAAUAAAUUCUAACAUUUA